AUGGCCGGCCCGUCAUCGGCGUUUGCCGUGCUCUUCCGGCGGCAGUCUGCAGGGGAUACUUUCACGGUGGAGACGGAAUGCGGGCCCGAAAAUGACUACGAUGGCCGCAUCGGGCUCCGCGUCUCCUCCAUUUUUGUCAUCCUUGUCGGGUCUCUCCUCGGAGCCCUCAUGCCCGUCAUCUUGGCCAGAUCUAGUCGCGUAGAAACCCCGCGCGCGGCCUUCUUCAUUGCCAAGUAUUUUGGUUCCGGUGUGAUCGUCGCAACGGCUUUUAUCCACCUUCUCGCGCCGGCGGUGGAGGCGCUUACAUCGCCUUGCAUCGACCCAGAUAGCCCAAUCACGCGAUACUCGUGGGCUGAAGGCAUCGCGCUGAUGACGGUAUUUUUCAUGUUCUUCAUCGAGCUAAUCUCGAAGGUGGACCCCGGGAAGACGGAAACUGCCGCGAGUGAUAAUCUCGAAGCUGCGACCCCCACGGACAGACAUCUAAGCCACGCGGGAGAGCACUCCGACCUCGAGUCCAUGGCGAUGCAGAUGACGGCCAUCUUCAUCCUCGAAUUCGGCGUCAUCUUCCACUCCAUCUUCAUCGGCUUAACCCUCGCUGUCUCGGGCGACGAGUUUGUCGUCCUCUACAUCGUCCUCGUCUUCCACCAAUUCUUCGAGGGCCUCGGCCUUGGCUCACGUCUCGCCGCCGCGACUUGGCCCCGCGGCAAGGGCUGGGCCCCUUCCUCGUCGCUCAUCAUCAACGGGGUGUUUGACUCCGUUUCUGCCGGUAUUCUUUUGUAUACCGGGCUCGUCGAGCUCAUGGCGCACGAAUUCCUUUUCAAUACCGACAUGCGUAGAAGUCCCCUCUCCACCACGCUCGCGGCAUUUGCGUGCAUGUUCGUCGGAUUUUGCGUCCUACCAUCACCACUCCCACCCAAAAUGCAAGCCCUUCCUCCUGCCCCUCAGCCCAUCGGCGUGUUUGACACGUUCUUGGCGAGGCAGACCGAGACCCUCAUCGUAGAUGAGAAAGGCAUGUCUUUGUCCGGCGAUAGCUUCGAUAUCAAGCUUGCUUCCGGCGCCCCGCUAUUGAGGGUCCAAGGCAAUGCCUUGUCCCUCCGAGGUCGAAAGGAAGUCUUUGACAUGGCCAACAACCACCUCUUCACCAUUACGAGCAAGCUUUUGACUCUCACCACAUUUAUCGGCUCCAAAGCCACCAUUACCUUCCAAUCGAAUAGCGGAAAACAAGAGGUGCUUGUCAUGAAGGGGAACUGGCGUUCGUCUAGCGCGGAGAUUGUGGACCAAGCCACUGGCUUUGUCGUGGCUAGUAUUCGACGCCAACGAACGGCCAAGCACUACUUGGCCGGCCAACAGACCUACACCGUAACUGUGGCUCCCAACGUCGAUAUGGCGCUUGCCGCGGCCAUGUGCAUUUGCAUGGACGAGAAGAACAAUGAGCCUGCAUGA